AAACACCCAGGUGUCUCACGCUGUCCUUGGCACAAACCCCGCCGAGGAGGACCUGUACAAGCCAGACAUCCCCCAGGAGCCAGGGAAGGAGGACGGGACAGCCACCAGCCCCAGGGGCGCAGAGGAUGCAGCAGCCUCCCAGAAAGCCCCCAAGAAGCACCCCGAGAGGACGGAGCUCUUCGCCCACCUGAGCCGAGCCGCCGGGCGCCCCGUGCUCCCCGAGCAGCAGGGCGUGCUCAAGCGGCCCUUCUCCCGCUCCUUCGGGGACCACGACUACUGCCAGGUGCUGAAGCCUGAGGCUGCCCUGCAGAGGAAGGUGCUCAAGUCGUGGGAGCCCCCGGGCCAGGUGGAGACGGAGCACAAGAGGAGGGUCCCGGCCGCCCACUACCAGGGGCUGGACCUCGGCGGCAAGGAGGCGGGCGGCGAGAUGCUGUGGAAGGACGGUGUCAAGCAGCUGAGAGACCAGGAGAUCAGAGCCAGCUUAACGAAGCACUUUGGCUUUCUGGACAGUGCUCUCGAUGACGAGGACAUGGUCUUCUGCAAGACCCCUGAGUAUGACACCGUCUUUGAAGACAGCUGCAGUGAGAGCGGCUCCCCUGUAGAGGAAGAAGAGGAGGAGGAAGAGGAAGAGGAGGAGGAGCACGGCAACACCAAGCUGUGCCUGCGGAGAAAUCCCCUUUCCAGGACCAGUUUGAAUUACUGUUCCCGGAGCAGGUCCAGCUCGGGGUCUUCAUGCUGCCGGUCCCGAUCGCCCGCAAGCAGACGGACCUUCAGGUGUGAGAACGGCGAGCAGUGUCAGGGCGGGAGCGAGCACCGGGGCCAGCUGGAGAAGAGACGGGAAAAGGCCAUCGGGGAAGGCCGGGUGGUGUAUAUCAGAAACCUCUCCAGCAGCAUGAGCUCCAGCGAACUGAAGAAACGCUUUGAAGUGUUUGGUGAAAUCGUGGAGUGUCAGGUCCUGUCCAGGACUAACAGGGGGGAUAAAUACGGCUUCAUCACCUACCGGUAUUCAGAGCAUGCCGCCUUAUCUCUGAAGAAUGGCACCUCGCUAAGGAAGAGGAAUGAGCCUUCGUUCCAGCUCAGCUCUGGUGGCCUCGGGCACUUCUUCUGGACCAGAUACGCUGACUUGGAUUGCGGCGCGGAGGAGUCCUCCCCAGCUCCAGUGAAAAGCAAGUACGAGACCAUGGAUUUCGACAGCUUGCUGCAGGAGGCCCAGCUAAGCCUGCAUCGGUAA